GUGCCCAGGACGGUGGUGACAACUAGGACGAUGCUCAGGCUUCUGAGACUUGCUUUGGCCUUCUACGGGAGGAUGGCCGACCCUGCAGAGCGACAGGGCCCACAGCAGCAGGGCCUCCCACAAGAUGACACCCAGUUGAAAACUGUGCAGGGAGUUGUCACAAGUUUCUGUGGUGAUUAUGGCAUGAUUGAUGAGUCGAUCUACUUCAGUAGUGAUGUUGUGACUGGCAACGUGCCUCUAAAAGUUGGACAAGAAGUUAAUGUGGUUGUGGAAAAAGAUAAACCACUUUAUGGAUUGAGAGCAAUCAAGGUGGAUGUUGUGCCUCACCAUCUUUAUGGUGCUGGACCCUCAGACUCAGGAACCAGAGUUUUAAUUGGAUGUGUUACUUCUAUAAGUGGAGAUACUAUUUAUAUUAGUAACAGCAUUUAUUUUUCCAUAGACAUUGUUUCUGAAGAUUUUGUGCCUUAUAAGGGUGACUUGUUAGAAGUUGAAUAUUCCACUGAGCCAGGCAUCUCAAACAUCAAGGCAACUUCUGUGAAGCCCAUCCGUUGUAUUCAUAAGGAAGAGGUCUGCAUUACUAGUGUACAUGGAAGAAAUGGGGUGAUAGAUUAUACUAUCUUUUUCACCUUGGAUUCUGUGAAACUUCCUGAUGGAUACGUACCUCAAGUAGAUGAUAUCGUCAAUGUGGUCAUGGUGGAGAGCAUUCAGUUCUGCUAUAUUUGGAGAGCGGUUUCUAUCACCCCAGUGCAAAAAUCCAGCAGCGGAUUCCAAGAUGACGGAGGCCUGGGACGGCAAAAGGAACGUCGGAGCCAAAGCAUUUAA